AUGACAACCACUCAUGAGAGUUUAUCAGAUCAUCGUAAAUUAGCAUUAAUUAUCGGUAAUGAUAAUUAUCAUCGAUCAGAAAAUAGUCUUAAUUAUUCGAUUCAAACUGCUAAUGAAUUAAAUAAUUUGCUUGAGCAGAUUGAUUUUCAUGUAACAACAAGAUGUGACUUGGAAAAGUAUGAUAUGACUACAACUAUUGUUAAUUUUACAAAAACAAUUAAAGAUGGUGAUUUAGUUUUAUUUUAUUUCUCGGGACAUGGUUAUCAAGUGAAAGAUAUCAACUAUUUAAUACCUAUUAAUGAUGCUUGGAUCAAAAUGGAUAGAGAUGUUGAAGAUUUUGGGAUAAAUUUUAAUCGAAUAUUGAAACGUUUUGUAGAAAAGAAUUCAUCGUAUGUGAAUAUAUUUAUUUUGGAUUGUUGUAGACCCUAUGUACCAAACGAAUCGAUAGGUUCCAGUUCUAUGAUGAAAAGCCAGGGUUUAUGUACAAUGGAAUCAAUGAAUGCAGCAUUUAUUCAGUUUGCUUGUGCUGAAAAUGAAACAACUUCGAAUAAUUUAUUCACCAAACAUUUACUAAAACAUAUCACUGAAGAAAAUGUUAAUAUUGUUGAUAUUUUUCAACGAAUAGUAGAUAAUGUAUAUGAAGAAAGCAAUCAAAAUCAACAACCAUUAUCUAUCAAUGGAUUAAAACAAUAUGAAGAUGUUUAUCUUAAUUAUGUUCUUCCACCUGCUUCAGUUAUUAUAUGGGAUGAAGUCGAAUCAGAAGAAAGAGAAUCAAUAUUAAAAGAACAAGAUGAAACAAAAGCAUGUUACGAUAGCUUUCCAAAUGUUGACGAUAUGAUCGAUCCAGAAAACGAAGAUUUUAAAAAAGCUGAGGAAUUUACUCAAUCGAUUUUAUCUGAAUUACCAUCAGGAGAAAUCGACAAGACGGAUACACUUUGUCACAUUAUAAAUCAAUUAUUCCAAAAUGAAAAUCGACAAUGUUUAUUUUUCGAUUCCAGACAAGGGAUAAAACUUUAUAAUACAUUUGAAAAUUUAAUUGAUGUUAAUUUUAAAUCUAUGCCAUUCGUUUUAAAAUUAAUAAGUAUGGCUGAUCUCGGUAAUCAAGAAAAUAUUAAUGAUAAAGAAGAUGAUCUACGAAUUAUUAAAACAUUAAAUGAAGCUAUUCGACAGAACAAAUCUCACCCAGUUCUGAAUGAUUUAACCGUACGAUUAGCGAACGCACAUGACACUGGCCCGAAAAAUAUUGUUGUAAAAAAUGUCUAUCUUGGAACAUAUAGUAUAGUAUAUACAGUAACAGAUUUAGCAAGAAGUACAAUUGAGGCUUUACAAAAAAUUUCAACAAAACUCAAAAGUCAAUUCAAACAAUUUGUUGCUGCAAAAGUGCAUCCAUUAUUGUAUCGACCAACAUUUGAUAUAGUACAGUUUGAUGAACGUGGAGAUAAAGAUUUUCUUCAUGAAUCAGGAACAUUCCAUAUGGGACCAAUUGGACGAACUCAAAUAUACACUCAACCAGUUGGUUGGCAUAGACAUGGAUGGAAUGUAUUAGGUAGAUAUCCAAGUGAUAAAUGGUUACAUCCAUUUCAAGAUCCUGAGAAUUGGUAUAGAGCUUUUCAUGGAACGAAAAAUGCAAAAUUAACAGAUUCUGAGAGUCCAAAAAAUAUGAGAAUCGAUUCUAUUGAUGUUCUACCCAAGAUUUAUAAUGAUGGAUUUAUUAAAGCAACAUUUGCUGUACAUGGAGAAGGUGUCUAUUGUUCUCCAAAACCGACUUUUGUAGAAAACAGUUAUGCUGGUACAGUUAAAUUAAAUACUAAAAUGGGUGAAAAAGUUUUUAAAAUUAUGUUACAAGUCGCUGUUAAUCCUGAUGGUGUUCGUGUUGCUAACGAAGACAUCUGGGUCGUUCAGCAACCGGAAGAUAUUCGAACCUAUGGGAUAUUAAUUAAAGAAAUUCAUUCAAAUACAAAUCAAACAGUUACUUCAACAUAG